AUGAGGCGAUCCAUCAGCAUAGGCAGCAACUUGGGACAUGUGGUGAAAGAUGUCUACUAUUGGGAGCCCAAGUCGUUGCGAAUUCGGACCAUCAACUGGUCCUAUGUUUUCUUGGCAGAGUACUUGCCAUAUGCAUACGGGUUUUCCAUUGCCGCUGUUGGCGUUCUCCUGGCCUACCGGCUGUACAUGUGGCGCUUGGAUGAGUUGAUGCGAAUUUGGUCGCUGCUUCAGGACCCACUGAUGAUGCAGGUGAUCGGCGCAGCAGCGUUAAUCGUUGCUUAUGCCAGCCAGCACAAGUCGUCCAUCUACUGCAUCACCACGGCCAGUUGGCUGCUUUGCGUCUGCCUGCAGGUGAGCAGAGAAGAAGUGCUGACAAUGAUGCGGGCGCAGGGCUGUUUCAACGACAGCUCCAUGGAGUUCCAGGAGCGCAUUCUGGACAACUCUGGCACAGGCAAGCAAGGAUCUAUUCAAGCCUUCACAAGGUUCUUCUGGCGGGUAGCAUCGGGCGGCAGUGUGUCAAUCGUAAUAAUUAGGGAGGGCGUUGUUUGUGUUUUUUCCAUGCAUGCUAACGGGAAAGACAUGGGAAAGCCUACAGCACUUACUAAGCUUUCAAUCAUAGGAAAGCUUGCAAGAAUCGGUCAGCGCUUUCGGAUUCAGUGGGGAAGGUGA